UGCGGUAGGCCUUCGAAGGGCUGCCAUGCCUGCAGACGGAGAAAGACUAAGUGUGACGCGGCACCGAAUGGCUGCACUCAGUGCAAGAAUGCGGGACGGACGUGUCCCGGUUAUCGCUCUCAAAUCGAUAUGAUGUUUCGAGAUCAGAGUGAAAAGCUGGCCAAAAUUGCAAAGACAAAUCAACGAGCCGUGCACUCGAGCAACGACCGAGAUAGUACACCAGAAGCUGUCCAGGUGGCGGACUUCCCUGGUUCUGGACCGACUGCCACUCUGUCCGAACCUGUCGAGGAGACGGCCACCUGCUUCUUCAUGGUCAACUUUGCAGGCGGCAUGACGGUCCCCGGAGUCGACGGUAUCGUCUUUGCUGGCCAUGAAACGACCAAGCCGCAGACUUGGCCAUACCCAACCGAAACUCUCGAUGACAUCUUGAAGACGAGUCUCGAGGCUACAAGUCUCGCAUGUCUGGCGAACCAUGCUCGCCAGCAACGUUUGAAUGACAUGGCACAGAGCCACUACGUGAAAGCCAUCAACCUGACGAACCAGGCUUUGAGCAAUGACGGCGCCAAAAAGGAUAGCGUCUUGCUAUCAGUCAACUUACUCGCUCUAUUCGAGACUAUCAGCGGUCUCUCGAAACGUUCGAUGAAAGCCACAGCAGACCAUGUCAGGGGUGCCGCGGCUUUGCUUCAAUUGCGUGGCAUGGGACAGUUCGAGUCAUCACUCGGACGGCAAGCUUUUCUCCAUACGGCUCACAACCUGCUCAUGUCCUGCCUCCAAUGGAACAUACGACUCCCCGAACACAUCAUCCGAAUGACCGAGGAUUUCCUCAAGGAAACGCGGCAGCCCGCCAGACGAGCGAGACUAUUUAUGGCCAUGUUGGAUUUCACACAGUUUCGAUAUGAUGUGAGACGAGGCGGAAGAGUGACUGGACUUCAAGACAUCGUCAAAGGCGCACUACAGAUCGAUGCCGCGUUUUCAGACUUCUGCGACCAUCCAGAUGAGAUGGCGCAAUACGACGAAUUCACCGACAACAGCUUGCGUUCAGAUCUCGUACAUGACGGCCAUUACCACGUCUAUCGACAGGUCGAGGAAGCCCGUGUUUGGAACCAUGUCCGGAUCUUCCGCAUUACCAUCCACCAGCUCAUCUGCGAGUCCUUGCUUGCAUCGGCGACUCUGUCGAAGCCUGAGUACGAGCCGCAGUUUCAGCAGUCCACAAUCAUCUGCAAGAACCUCUCUGCAGAUUUGGUCGCCAGUAUACCGCAGCAACUUGGUCUUGUCAAUAACACAGUCACAUGGAGACACUCUGACGAUGAUCUAUCAAACCUCUUCGCCGGAUCAACGCCCAGACCUCACCUCUGCGGAUACCCCUUACUCUGGCCCCUCUGGAUCGCAGCGGCUGUGCCCACGGCCACGCAUGGCACACGAGCUUACUGCACGGGAAUCCUAGACUUGAUAGGGUCUCAGAUGGGUAUCAAGCAUGCGUUGGUGCUGGCGAGGUUGCUGAGGGAGAUGAAGAAUUUCACGGUCGCGAUUUGGACGGAUGAUCGGAUUGAUUUUUGA